AUGACGAAAGUGGAAGGUGAUGCAGGUAAAUAUGACAUACCCAAUAAAGCAACUCCGCUCCUGGCGCCAAUCGUGUCCAGCUGGCUUAUGGCGGCUUUCAACGGAGUCAAAGCACGCGAGAUACUCUUUGCCGUGGGGGUAGCCACAGGGGGGAAGCAGACGGUUGAAGGAGUGGUCGAAAGCUCGGGCGAUUAUGGAGAGGCGCGGGCAAGACGAGAUAAGACGGAUAGACGAACAAGCGAGGGACGAGUUGGAAAGGAGCAAGUAAGGAUCAAGGAGGAAAAAGUUGGAGAGGAAGAGAUGAAGGGUUUGAUGUUGUACAGGGGCAAAAGGGGGAGGUACGAGCAGCAGGCAGAGAUGGGUUUGGAUGUGUCCAUCGAGGUGAAUAGUCGUAUAAUUGUGCCGCGUGAUAUUGCAAGGUGCCGGGUAUCGAUGAUGUUAUUGGAAGAUUCGAUGCGUAAAGAUGAUAAUGAGCACCAGGACGGAAAGCCGUCAGCAUACCACAUCCAGCAACGCAAAGAGAGAGAAAUUAAAUAUGCUCAUCACUCACCUAUAGCUGUGCUGGAUAGCGACGCGACGAGAGAAUCCGGAACGUCAAGCGAGGGAUGGAAAGUCGUAGACGUCCUCUGCCGCCUGUUCGCGGCAAUGCUUGCGCUAUUGCUAUCUCUCCACUCGUUGUUGCUCGUAGUGCUAGAGCUAUUGUCGGCCGCUCCAGCGGUGAUAGUCGUGAUAGAAGGCGUAAGGGAGGAUCUUCGUAAUGGGCCGAAUGGCGUAAAUCCCUCGACGCACCUGCCCGAUGAGCCCCUGGGUGCAAAGGCCGAUCUCAACACGUCUGACAAGUGUCUGACAUCUCCAAUGGGCACUCACACUCUAGAAUCCCUGGAAUAUUCUCUAGAAAGGUUCACUCUUCGACCGAUUCAGGGUGCUCAGCACCACAUGUCCACCCAUUUGCAGUCGUUGUGCCUUCUUUUGUGUCACAAAUUUCGACACGAAACUUGGCUAACGUCACCCCUAUUUAUCCACAACAUUUCCCAGGAAGACCUCGAGCAGUCGAAAACUCACACCUCCUAUUACUUGGCCGCCGCCUCGACGUUUCAACUUGAACAAAGAUGGGACGGUAGAGAUGAGAGAAAUGUCUAUAAAAUUGAUGGCUCUAGUGGAAAUGUGUUAUCGUACACGGCUAUUCUAGUCCUCAAGAUACCCAAUCACGGCCGCUGGGUUUUCCGGGCAUCCAUCAGCUAUGCAUUUCUCGUAUAG